AGUAACCUCCACAAACAAAACUGUCCCUCCCUCUCUCUCUCUCUCUCUCUCUCUCUCAUAUCAGAUCGGACUGAAACACUACACACCCAAAGCACAGAAAUUAUAUUAUUAUUUUCUCAAAAAAUAAAAAUAAUAAAAACUAAUUAAAUAAAGUCUGAAAAUAUUCGGCAUUUGAAGAGAGUUUCACGUAACCUUCGUUUUCUGAGUCUGUAGCCCUGCUUGUUAAUCGGAAAUGAAGGAUGAAGAUGGCCUUCCGACGACGACGGCGACGGCGAAGAAAGAGAGCUCCGACUCCGGCUUAGCAUUUGGUAAAGGAAGGUACAAGUUCUGGGCGUUGGGCGCGAUUCUGCUUCUUGCGCUCUGGUCGAUGUUCACCGGCACCGUUACUCUCCGGUGGUCCGCCGGCAAUCUCAACCGCAUCUCCGACGACUUCGACGCUCCAAUUCACGACGAUCUCGACGUCCUCGAAAUGGAGGAGAGAGAGAAGGUAGUGAACCACAUGUGGGAUGUGUACACCAACAGCCGUCGGAUCAGAUUAACGCGGUUCUGGCAAGAGGCGUUCGAGGCUGCCUACGAGGAUUUGACCAGUGACGUUCCUGGUGUUAGAGAGGCCGCCAUUUCCGAGAUCGCUAAAAUGUCCGUACGCUCCAUCGAUCUCGAUCCACCUCCUGUCCAAUCAACGAGUGCACGGGAACUAACCAAGGCUUUGAGGCAAGCAGAUAGAGGUGGAGAAGUGCUGAGCUCAACAAGAAGUACUCGGUGAUGGGAAGAAUGUAGAAGUCAAGGGUUCAGAUCUUCAUGAUUCUGCAAAACAACUGCUCAUGUGCUGCACAGAAUUUGUGAGUGGUAGUGGUGAGCAGACUAUAAUGGGUUAAAAAAAAAAAAGGAACCAUACUGGGUUCUUCUAUGUUAUCACAGCUGGGGGAAACUAUGUAUCUAAUUAGGUUAUCAUUCUUCAAAAAUUUUGAAUGUCGCAAUCUUACUGUGUGGGUAGUAAACUUAUGACAAUCUUUUGAGCAGACAAGUCAAAGUGAAAGAAUUUUGCUAUGAUAUG